GGAGAAGCCGUUGGCGGGCAAUUCCCCGGCGCCUCCUUAAAUCCCAGCCCGGCCCCUUGCCUUUGCCUUCGCCUUGGCCGACGCCCCUUUCGCCCCGAAGUCCUAGAAUAAAGUUCGGGGGCGGCAAAAAAGAGGAGCUUUUGCGGACAGAGAGAGAGAGAGAGAGAGUGGUGGACGCCGGACGCCGCCGCCAUGGCUUCGGAUGAACUGGCCGCCAAGCUGCAGCGCCGGCUCUUGCGGGACGGGAGCACUUCGGAGCCCGAGCCGCCGCCUUCGCCCUCUUCUUCCCCGACUGGGAAUGGGGGUCUGGCCGGCGUGGCCCCCCGAGAGGAGGACCUGGAGGGCGGGAAGGAGGAGGAGGAGGAGCGCGGCGUGCUGAGCGCCGACGCCGACCCGGAGCUGAGCGCCAAACUCAACCGGCGGCAGGACAUCAACGCCGGGGCGGCGCGCCCCCGCCUCGCCCAGGUCUUCAACCCCUACACGGAGUUCAAGGAGUUCUCCCGGAGGCAGAUCAAGGACAUGGAGCGCAUGUUCCGCCUGUAUGACUCGGGGAAGGAUGGUUACAUUGAUCUUAUGGAACUGAAGCUGAUGAUGGAGAAACUUGGUGCACCUCAAACUCAUCUGAGUCUGAAGAACAUGAUCAAGGAAGUGGAUGAGGACUUUGAUGACAAACUCAGUUUCCGUGAGUUCCUACUCAUUUUCUACAAAGCUGCAUUUGGAGAGCUUGAAGAAGACAGUGGCUUGUUGGCUUUGGCAAAGCUCUCUGAAAUAGAUGUUGCCCUUGAAGGGGUGAAAGGCGCCAAGAAUUUCUUUGAAGCAAAGGUUCAAGCUUUGUCUUGCGCCAGCAAGUUUGAAGCAGAAAUAAAAGCAGAGCAAGAUGAGCGAAAACGUGAGGAAGAGGAAAGAAAGCACCGCAGGGCAGCGUUCCGAGAACUCAAGUCAGCAUUCAGUCAGUAAACAGAGCAACCUGUCUGUUAGUGGAGACUGGAGUACAUUUUUAAAAACCUCACCUUUGGUGAGCCAUUCACCUGCAGAAGAAGAAAAAACAGAUUUGAUGUCAUCGGACUUAAAAAAAAAAGAACUUUCUAAUUAGAAGCUGGAGAAUAUCCAUAUGGUAUUAUGAUUGAUACAAAUGCUAAAGAGUAGUCAAGGGGACAUUUUCACUCUAGUGGGCGUUGCUAGAGGAAUUAAAAUUCCCUAAUUUUAUGCAUAGAGAGAACAUUGGAGCAUUUGAUAACAAUAAUGCCAACCAAUUGUGUUUUGUGGUUAGAAUUUUUUUCCUGUCAUUCUGAAUGCCUCCGUCUUGUAGCUAUAUAUUUUUUUCUUUAGUGUUCCCAUUCUCAUUGCCUUUUUGGAUCUUUCUGAUUUUCACAAAACUAAUUUCCUGCUUCUCAAUAAACAGGGUAUUUCUUUGGGUUUAUAGUUUUUUCAUGCACAAAUAGAUGCCCUAUUGGCUUAUUACCCUUUUUGUUCUUCUUACCCUAGGAAAUAGAUUUCUAGGCCAUUCCCAGCAAUUAAUCAGUUAGCCGAUAUUGGCAAUACAUGAGUGGCACUACAUGAGUUUCUGCCAGUUACUUCUAGCCUUCCAAAUGCUGCAGCUUUUCAUUUUCCGGUUUCAAGCAAUACAAGGGGCUGAAAAUAUAAUGAGGUGUUAGGAAAGCCAUGCUGAAUGGAUAGAAUUCCACUCACACUUUUCCCAAUCCAAGCCAGUCAAAUAUUUUGUGAAAUAACAUUUUGUUCAAGGGUGUAAUGGCCACUGUUCAUUUUUGUUUCUUUUCACAUUCACAUAAGUGGCUGUGCUCUAAAUAGGAAAAAUUGAUUCGAAUCGUACUGUCUACUUUUCUGGGCACAUUCCAUGCUUCUGAAAGACACUGGGCUUACAGAAGCAAGGAAACACCAAUCAAUAUGUCAUUUAGGGAAAUGGAUAAUAUGCUUUGGGGACAAAUUAUCUUUCUGUCAUGCAAAUCUUUUUUCUUGUGGACAUGUGGGAAUCCAACAACGUAUGUAGUCACCAGUUACGUAAAAUGGUCCCUUCCAUCAGUUUCUGUUUGCAAGAGGAAACACAUUCCAAAUGCAGAUUGUGGUGUUUAUACUAUUCAAGCCUGUAUUAUAUUCAGAAUUUUCACUUAUGUAUAUAUUUCUGCAUACCUUAGAAAACAAAAAAUGCCUUCCUGUCUUCAGAUCACAAACCAGAUAUUUCACCUUUAUUUUGACUAGUUUUUUUAGCUUUUUACACUAUGACACUAAACUGUGAGUCUCGAAUAAUUCAAGGGAACCCAUUUAGUAAUGGGUGGGAGAAUUGCUAAACAAUUAAAACUAUAUUUGCAAGUCCACAGAUUAUAUUCGGUAAGAAUCACAUGUUUAGCUAAAAAUAUUUAUAAUAAAUGUUUUUAUACUUUACAAAGUUUGAAUUGUUAUUUCUUUCUUCUUUCUUAGUUGUGCAAAUAAACUUUUAUUAAAUCCGA